UAUGUUGGUAUUCACCUUGAAUAACAAUUACAUGUUCGCCCAUGACGUUUCUUUGUCGGUUGUAAAUAAACAUUCGGAAAUGUUAUAAUUAUGCUGCGCAACGGCCAGAAUCAAGCGCAAUUGCUGGCCCGGAGCCUUGGGCAGCUAACCCGGGGAAUGGCCAGUUCAAAAAGGACUGCCAGUAAACAGGAGAAACAGAACCCCAAACUGUCAAAGCCUUCAACAGUAGAAAUGCCGCUCGAGGAGCCUCUAAAUGCCAGUUAUUUGUCCAAAACCCUGGGCAGCAACUAUAAGGCCUGGGCUACUGCCCUAGAGAAGCACCCCGAACUGAAGACGGUGAAGCGCAAGGACCUCCUAAACUCCUACGACACGCUCAAAGACCUGAAAUACAGCGUGGAGGACAUCCUUGGCAGGCCAAUGAUCAUCUACUACGGAGCUUCCACGCUGGCCAACCGGCACAGUGUCUUGCAGGAGUGCGGCUUCCACAACGUGACCAUCCAAACGCUUGCCAAAUAUGUGACCGUGGUCAAUAAAUCAAUAGAAGUCCUCAAGGCGCAUAACUACAUCCCUUUCGAUGUGAAGGUGGCAGAGCGUCUGGCGGGGCUUUUCACGGACAUUAACCUGCGGGUGGAUAUGCGGGAGCUGGACAGCGAAAGCAUCACGUUGAAGAGUUUGAGGCAAUCCCUGCUGAACGCCUACUUGCGCGAACGCAUCCAAAUGGACGACAAUGACUUGCAAAAGAUGUGGCGCGUCUACUCACGCGUCCGCCACAAGAGCUUUCGCGCCGUGCAGGACACUGUGGAGCUCCUGACCAAGGAACUAAAUUUUACCUCAGAGCGGCUUAAGAAGAAUGGGUUUCUGCUCUACUCGGACGCAGAUAAUGUGCGACGCAUCCUGCGCGAGAUACCUACCAUCGACUCGCAGGACAUCCGUGAAAUCGGAUUUCGACGGCCCAAGAUACUGAUGUCCACCUGCGAUAGCUUAAAGCAAACCCUGCAGCACGUCCAUGCGUUUGGCAUCAGUGAGGAUGCCGUACUGCGAUGCCUGGAGGUGCUCACCCUGGGACCGGAUACGGUGUUGGAAAGAUUAAGGGAUCUUCAGGAUAUCGAGGAGUUCCAGGUGCUUGGCACCAAUCCGCGAGUGCUGCGACUGGUGCACUACCAAAACAAAGCGCGGUUGCGCUUAGAUUACCUAAAUCAGUUGAGGGUCCGUUGCGCUUCCCUUCACAUCCUCUCCUGCGGUUCUGAGGCGUUUGCCAAAUUUGCAAGAGAUGGUUCAGACCGCACUAAAGGCCGCGAUAUUGUGGUAUACUUGGGCAACGUUUUGUCCAAGGAUGUACAAGUACUGCGCAAUCUGCUCUCCCGUCAUCCAAACUGGUGCCACAUACCUUUGCUGCACGUAAAACAGUGCCUGGAGUACCUCCGCAGCAAGAAGUUUAAGCUGAGUGAAAUCUUUGACAACAUCCACUUGCUUUUGUAUCCCAUAAAACGCAUUGAAGAAAAGAUGCUUCUCCUGCAGUUGCCCGAUGCCCAACAAGAGCUUCAAUUGCCUGUAGCGGAUUUCCAUUUACUAAGCAACAACGAGAUCCUAACUCUCAUUCUCUACCUAAUCGAAUCUGAGUUUCACUUCACUGGCGAUGGCAUUUGGACGGAGCAACACACACAUCACGUGGAGAACUUCAACAAUCUGCUGCCUGACUUCCCCGAGAGCCUCAACAAGGUCUACAAAUACGGCGUAAAACCUGCCGAUAAGCUGGUCAUGCAGCAUUUAUAGGCGCCACCAUUAAAAUUGUAAAUAGUUUGUUAUUAGAAUUUGCAAAAAUAA